AAUUGAUGAUCGACCGGCAGAUAUAUGAGAAAAGUCUAGAAUUUAUUCACGGGAAGUUGAAUCGACAUUGAUUAUACCGAAGAAUAGCCGGCACUGCGCUCACCCUCACUCUGAGUCUCGUACCAUCUACUGUGAACAUCCUUUGAACACAAUCUAUCUCACAAGCCGCUACGAAAGCCUUGACACAAUCGCGUCGCAGAGAAUUCGUUCCAGUUCAGCAACGCCACAGCCAUUCUCACGACAUUACAAAGAUGUCUACAACAGGUCCUCCGGAGGCCCUCCCUGUGACCGAGCAAGCCAGUCUUCCUGACACUACUGUCGCCUCCAGGAAAUCUUACCGGUGAAACGAAAUUUCGUGUAGUAAUUUGCUAGCUGCUAACACAAUGAGACAGGCGCAAGUACCGCAAGAUCAUGGUCACAUUCGAAGAGAAGAUGAGGGAGAGCACAUCUUUGUUCAAAGAGGAACAACGACUGCAGGACAUCUCGCAGCGUUUGACAGAGCAGACCGAUCAACUCCUUCAGUUGUUGACAGAGCUAAAUUCUUGCCCUCAAGUGCCUCCACGGCUGCGCUAUAACCUCGAAUCGUCGUCCAAGCAUGAUCCUGCCGAAGCACCAGUACUUGGUGCAACGACCGAAGAUGAAGGUCAUCUCACCCUGCGAAAAGCGAGGAGUCAAUUGCAAGCUGGGGAAAUCGACCUUGAGCAUUAUCGAAAGGUGGAAAAGUCGUUACUCAAAUCAGAGGCAUUCGCUCCAAAGCGAUCAUACCUGGGACUAGUUGCAGAGACGACUCUGCCUCAGCCCAGGGAUAAGGCGAAGCCUGGACCAGAAGCCGCCGCACCAGGAUUCCUGUCCGUCGCGCAAGAAGAGCAGUACCUAGACUCUCUAGACGCGUUUCUGGACAACACUACUACAAAUCCUCGAUCGCACGCAGCCAACGGUCUAGGAAACCGAAAUGCAGAGAAAACUACAGAACGGGAACGGGAGAUGCAAUUAAAGAAUCCUGUUUCGGUAUACAAUUGGCUUCGCAAGCAUCAGCCACAGGUAUUUCUUCAAGACAAUGAACCUGCUACUGAAAAAGCAGCCCGUCCUGCAGGAUCAAGAAGCUCUGCCCGCAAGUCAACAAGCAAAGAUGUAGUCAAGCAGGAGCAAGAUCUGUAUGACGAAGAUGGGAUUGCCUCAGAAGUGGCCUCUUCGGCGCGAGGAAAACGCAAGAGAGAUGACGAUGGGGGCUAUCGUCCAAAGGGAGGCAACUCACGCGGCACCAAACGCAGAAAGGACCCCAAGGAAGAUUCUAGUGGUCGAAAUAAACGAGUCAAGAAGCUUUCAACAGACGCGAGAUAGACGAGAGCCAAGGAUGAAUUGUUUGAGGUAUUUUGCACAUGUAUUAUUAUAUCAAGGAGCAUACGGAAAGGUAGCGGGCGGAUGGAAUUAUCAUGUGGCGCCGGGAGAGCCAACGCCUCAUGGAGUUCCCCUUGUGAUCCGAAGACAUGAGCAAACAGUAUCAUGACCGGCGCGAGAAAAUACAGGAGAAUUAAUUUCAUAACAGUCUCUGACUUCAUAUGCGUAAUGUAACGAGAUGAGAAAGAUUAUGUCAGAUGCCAGAAAUGCCAACUCCCUGC